AUGACUGAGUACCCGUUCAAUGGUUCACCCCAGAGUCGCUCCGACUGUGAUGAAUUUGCGCUCCUCUGGUAUGAAAUUCUGUUCUUUGGGAAUUUUAGGAAAGCUGCGAGUUCAGAAGUUAUUCAUUUGAUGAAGUGGAUGCUCCAAAAAGACCCUCGUAAAAGAUGUUCAGCGCGACAAGCACUGGAUCAUCCGUGGUUCAGAUUGAUGUCGAAGCCUCGUACAGGAUUUAGCAGCCAAUUGACACCCUCCGUCUUUGAAGGGUUGAGAAGCUGGCAAAAUCAAAACAAGUUAAAACAAGCCGUGUUACAGUUGAUGGCGCGUGAAUUGAGUGAAUCAGAGAUUAAAGAUUUGAGGCGAAAGUUUGAGGCUCUUGAUGGGCGUGGGGAUGGCACCAUCUCUUUAGAAGAAUUGCGCUACAGCGUGAAGCAAGCGCGAUAUGCAAUUCUUGAAGCCGACUUAGAACAAAUUUUUGCAUCCCUGGCUCAUUCUGGGUCAAAUAGAAUUCACUACACAGAAUUUAUUUCGGCAUUAUUAGACAAAAGAAUGAAAUUUGAAGAAGCUCAGCUUCGUAACGUGUUCAACAAAUUUGAUCCAACUGGUGAAGGAAGAAUCUCGAUCGGGUCUCUUAGAACGGCAUUAAAGGGAACGAGAUAUGGUCAACUGACUGACUCGGAUUUAGAGAAGAUCUUCAGUGAAAUCGACAAAAACAGAGACGGGUGA